UAUUAUUCCUGGCUUAGCGCUAUCCAGCUUCAGCUACAGAAAUUCGCCCAGAGUUUUUACUCGGCGAUUAAGCAGAAGACUUAUGAUGAAGCUUUUCAGCUGCUUUCUUAUCCUCGUUGUCUACGCAAACAUCGUGCACGCUCAACAUACGAAAACGAUACAAGCCCCUAUUCAACCAGAAUUGUGUACCAAACCAUGGGAUCGUGGACCCUGCGGGGCAAAUGUGAGCAAUUGGUUUCAUGACAAUAAGUAUCAUGAAUGCAAGGUGUUCAACUAUGGAGGUUGCCGGGGAAACGGCAACCGCUUCUGGACAGAAAAGAAGUGUCUAGAGAGAUGUGAACCGCCAGAAAGAAGAAGACUUGUUUGCAGUGCAGAUCCAGAGCCAAAGCCAUGCAAGGGAAUUUUGAAAUGGUGGUUCUACAGUCCUGGAGAUAAGACCUGCCACCGUUUGCCAGCAGGAUUGUGCCCAAGCUCGCCCAAUAAGUUUCUACUGUGCGAAAAAUGCAUGAGGAGAUGCAGUGUGAUAGAUGCAAGGGAAUCAUGCAAUAGAGAGUACAAGCGAAUGGAAGAGGAGGAGAAGGCUGCGAAACAAGGACUGACGCCGACGUUAGUGGCAGGCCCGGCAGGGUCUCCACUUGGCCUGCCUUUACCUGGAUCUGGGUUAACAGGAGAGACACCCAUUACCGUAGGAGCAGUAGGUUCCCCAAAUGAGAUAAACGUGCCUCCCCUCGGACCAGCUGCUCCAGUAACAAGCAUUCCGGGGUCAUUGCCCGCCUUAGUUGCGCCUCCACAUCAGACGGCAGGGCCCACACAAGGACAUCCUGCUAUUUUACCUGCAAUUCCUGGCAGCACAUUUGGAGCACCUGAGCCUGUGCCCGGGCCACAUAGCACGGAAAGUGGCACUCAUAACCCGGUAAUUAUAGUCGCACUGAUAAACCAUGAGAAAAAUGAAGCAGAGCCUGGAGAAGCUAUUAAUAAAAUUGGAAUGACUGGACAGUCAGGUGACGUAACCAACGAUGGUAACGGAAUCAAACAACAAGCACCUUCGCUACCAGUGCCCAAAUAAUUAUCUAACUUUCGAAGCUUUGAUGAGACAUAUAACGCCUAUCUAUUUAGUGUAUGUAAUCGAUUUUGUGGAAGUGGCGGCGUAUAUACAUAUAAAUUUAAUAAAUAGGUACAGCGCGUGUGGUCCACCACUUUCUUUAAGCAAGGUAAAGUUCUAAUAAAUUUGUCCAAUGGUAGAGCUGCCUAUUACGAGUACCGUUUAUUGCUGUUUUCGUUAUGAACCAAAUGAUGAAAAGCAAUUUUAUUAUCUGAAAAAAAUAAUGAAGUAUUUGACCAGAAAUUAAUUUUGUGCAUUCCUAGUCUUCAUGACGGAUUUUGAAAGCAUGGUGGCAUCUUUGCCAAUUCCUUGCGCUUGUCCAAACCUACGCUGAAAGGGUGAUGUCACAAUGUAUAUAAAAAUCAACAAUGAUACGCUGUCUUAAAUGGUCUGUGAAAAAAAAAAAUUUCAAUAUAUUGACGUAAUAAACAACCACACGCUCUGUAAAGCAUCAAUAAAUGAGUGAGGAAUAAACUCUUGCAUUUAACUAACUCUAUGCAGUAAAACAUCUUAUCGGUUGGAUAGUGGCUGUCACUUCACUUGAUAUGUAUCGGAUUCCGUGUAUCAAGGAAAAAGCACAUAAGGUGGUCAAAUAAGAAGAUUUUGCUGCCGCCUUUUCCUGCCCGGAGUUCGCCACCUUACCCUGUGUAUUUAAAGCCCUAUCAUGAAUGUAACAAUGUGUUGUAGGUGCGUGGUAAGACAGCUAACAAUUGAGGCACUGACCCUUGAAAUGCGGCACUGCUACGGGGUUUACUUUAUUGACGGUUAGCACGAAGCUAACUCACGUCGGAUCCAGUGCAGAGAGCAGCCGAGCGAUUCAAGCCAAGCGACAGCGCGAAGGAGGCAGCAACACCGAUCCUUUAGUGUUUGUCAUCCUCACUUCAAGAAGUAUGCUGCCACAGCGACGCCUGGUCUAUCUUUGUCACUGCAGUAUUUUUAUUAUCGCAUCGAAUAAUACGUGUGAAGGUACACACGCUCUAUUCUCUAAAGGAAAUAUAUUACGGAGGUCAAACGCACAAGUUUCAUUAUAGGGGAAAUGAUGCUUUUGUGAAGUCGCUAAUUAAACGCAUUGGUACUAAUG